CUCUAACCUGAGCAAGUCACACAGCCUUUAAAGUUACAGCAGACAAGUUUAUCACACUCUUUUCCCUUUUUACAGAAAUUAUAAAUGAGUUCAGCCUUUUAUUCGUUCAUCAGUUCAGUUACGAACUCCAUUACUUCAAGAUAUGAUAUUAAAGCACAAAUUUCUUCCUCUGGAUUAUGGAAAAUAUACCAAGGCGAACGAAAGACUACCGGAAAGAAAGUUGCUAUAUUUAUUUUUGAGAAAAAGACGUUAGAAUCCAACUUUAGACGCGAGCGUGGUUCCUCAAAACAGGAUACAGACAUGGUCUACGAAUUAUUAAAGAAAGAGGCUGGAAAUUUAGCAAAACUACGACACCCUUCUAUCCUCGAAGUGGUAGAACCCGUAAAUGAAUCACGUAGCUCGAUUGUUUUUGUCACUGAACCACUUAUGGGCUCUUUAACGCACUUGGUAAAGAGUUCCGAAAACUACUCUUCAGAAUCACAAGAACCCAGUCUAGAUCUCGACGAAUUGGAGAUUCAAAAAGGGUUACUGCAAGUGGGUAAAGGACUUCAGUUCUUUAACGAUGCCAAGGUAGUUCAUCACAAUCUUACAACAGACGCUAUUUUUGUAAAUGCGAAGGUAAAUUAUGCUUUUUCAGAAAACAAGCUCGUUUUUUUUAAUUGACAUCUACGAAUAGGGUGAUUGGAAGAUUGGCGGGUAAUAUUCAUUAUAUUGGAGAGUCUGUUUUUUUUAAACAAGGAAAUAACACACGGACCUUUUAUUAA